GUCAUAAGGACGUUUGUCUAGAGCUCGUACAGUUGUACAGGUGUACGUAGCUACCAUAACGAGUGACUGUCGUGUUCUGUUUUUCUUGCGUCUUGUAAUGUGGAACGUUUUACGUAUUGGGAUUAUCUAUAAAGGCACUGGCUUGUCAUCGCGUUAUCUAUUUACUUUGCCAGGCAUUGUUGCUCCUCCGAAACAGACCUAUUCGAAGCGAAAAGUUCUAGGGUACAGUGUAGAUCAAGUGUAUGAUGUUGUGUCAGAUGUGGACAGCUACAGUGAAUUUCUGCCUUGGUGUCGUGAAUCUCGUGUUUUUCAACGAAGAGGCAACCAAUGUAGGGGAGUGUUGGUGGUUGGAUUUCCUCCUAUAUUGGAACGAUAUGUAUCUGAUAUGACAAUGAUUAGACCUCAUUCUGUGCAGAGUGAUGCUUCUGCGGACAAACUGUUCAAGCAUUUGAAAACAGUGUGGAAGCUCUCACCGUCUGCAACUGGAAGUUGUCUGGUAGAUUUUCAUGUGGACUUUCAGUUCAAGUCUUCUUUGCAUUCAAAGUUUUCUACUCUCUUCUUUAAUCAAGUUUCUCGUCGAAUGGUUGCUGCGUUUGAACAACGAUGUAAAGAUAUAUAUGGACCAUCUGUCUUGCAUGUUCGAAAUGUUCGUGUUAAUUCAAACUCAUAUUCUUCUAGCUCAGGUAAGAGAAGCUGACUGGGUAUUAGUAGAAGAAUGUGUAUGUAGAAAUAUGGAUAUUUAUGAACUUUGUGGAUCUGUUUGAUAAAAAAUUUCACUAAUGGAAAUGUCUUUGCUAAAUAAAACUUAGUUCAU